AUGUGCUUCAACUGCAACCAUCAGCAGAAAUUUCACCAUGCGCCGCGUCUCCUUCGCAACGCUCUUCGGAGCAGAUCCCAUCUACGACACCCUCCACCGGUUCGAAACCUCCUGGCUCCUCCCCCAACCAUCCUCGCCGCUCUCCGCGGCCUAAUCGCCCUGUACAUCUUCACGACAAUCUUCUUCAUCUGGGGCUGGGAUGGAACCCACGGUGACCGCAAGGCCAUCGGUCAGUCGUUUAGCUACUUCACCUGGUUGACAUACUGGGGUCUGGGCUUUUACCAUCUCUUCGCGGCGAUCCAUACGGCAUGUUAUGCGCGGACGGGGCGCUCGGUGCUGUUUGAGAAGUGGCCGCGUGCUUGUCGCGUGUUGCAUGGUUGGUUGUAUGCGACUAUCACUACGUUUCCGUUUUUGGUGACGAUUGUCUUUUGGGUUAUUCUUUUUAAGCCGCCGUUUUAUAAGGAGACUUUCCUUGGUUGGUCGAAUAUCUCCCAACACGGCCUCAACUCGCUCUACGCCCUCCUAGAAAUUAUCCUCCCCGCAACAGCCCCCCACCCGUGGAUGACCAUCCCCGUGCUCAUCCUCCUCCUGGCGUUCUACCUGUGCGUCGCAUACAUCACCGUGCACACGGAGGGUUUCUACACCUACUCUUUCCUCAACCCAGCCGCCAAUGGAAGCGGUAUCGUCGCAGGCUACUGCUUCGGCAUUCUCGCCGCGAUUACCGUCAUCUUUUUGAUUUCUUGGUCGUUGAUUCGUCUGCGUGUGUUUUUGACGGGUGAUAAGAGGAAGCGCGCAGCAAGGGAUCCGUUGCGUGGGCAGGAUGGGUAUUCGGGUGUUGAGACGGGGCUGCGGGAGGUGAAGCCUUGAAGCCUGCGCGGGUGUAAUUGGGUGUGUUUGGGGAUGGGGAGGGG